GCCUGGCCACAUGCUGCCGGCGCGUUCCAGAUCCCGCGGCUUCUCAUCAAUUGCAGUUUGAAAAAGGCAUCAUCACCUACUGAGUAAAGCAUCGCCAGGCGCCCUGCUUCAUAUACUGCGCUGCGAGCAGUCGCGCAUUGCUCCGUCUCUUCUUUUUACAUAAGCUGUUGAGUAUUCUACUGGCUGCGAGGCCAGGGGAACGUUUUGUCGCAUUAUCACCACCACGCCACAGGCGCUAUUACGAGGACUCUGACGCGAGAAACGACCGGCCCCGCCCGACGUGCUGCCAAUAUAUCAGAGACCAACCCCGUGUUCUUUACAACGUCCGCCAACGCCGCCGAAAGAUCGGACGAAUAGAACUGCUGUUAUACUGCACCGGAUUGACGUCACAGCUAGAGAGAGGCCAGGGAGCCCGUUCGCCCCGCCACCCAGCUCCUCUGGGCCACAGCCGUCCUCGUUAUAAUGUCGCUCUUUGGUGCAUCCCCGCCCAAGGGCGAAGAGCCGUCCAUGUCCGACUCCUUUGCCCGCUCGCGGCACUCGCUCUUCGACGACGACGACCCCAACCCGUCCUCUAACUCGCUCUUCGCCGACAACGACGACCCCUCUCGCACCUCGUCGCCCUGGGAUAUGCCGACGCCGCGUAAGCAGACACGCACCGAGCUGCUCCGGAACCUCCUUCCCGCCGCCGACGUCCCCGGCUACUACAUCGAGGCAUUCGACGCCGUGCUGCGCGUGCAACCACAAGAGGAGUCAUCGUCCGGCGAUGACGCGCCAGCGAAAGCAACGGCGCAGGCCGGCCGCGUCGGGCCCGAGGGACUGAUGCGCGCGCUCUCGGCCGCCAAGAUCGGGCCUGAGCAGAGUUCCAGGAUCCUGGGGAUCGUGGCACCGUCCAGCGGCGAGCCCGAGCUCGGCAGGAAUGAAUUCAACGUAUUCCUGGCCCUCAUCGGCCUCGCGCAGGAGAAGGAGACCAUCAGUCUUGACGGCGUAGACGAGAGGAGACGUAAUCUCCCAAAGCCGAAGCUCGUCGGCCUGCUCAAUUCCAGCGCCGGCCUGCCAGGUGCCUCGGACCUCGCCGCGAAGCCGCCACAGCGCCCUGUCACGCCUCCUUCGCCACCGCAGAGUCAGCAGGAGCAGCGCAAACAGCCUGAACACACCCCAACGUCGACGCCGCACGGGACUGUGAGGCGCGGCCCAAUGGCUGCUCCCAUGGACUACCCUGACGACCCAUGGAAUACUCCGGAUCUGCACAAGAACCACAACCACGCCCCCAGCCUGCCUGCUGGCGCCCCGGCCAAUGGGCUUAAUUACGACCAGGCCCGGAAUCAGCCGCACCAACCAACGCACCAGCCCGAAGCGGGAGCCCUCAACGGGUCUUUCGAGAGCGUAGGCAGCUCGCCGCCUUCUGGAGCCGCUGGUGUUAAUCGGACCACUUCGACCUUCACGACAUCGGCAAGCCCUGUCGGCGGGUCCAGCUCCAACGGUACGCAGCCAGAGAGGAGUGCGCUGCCGCCCCAUAUGGCCUCGGCUGGUGGUCCCGGAGUGGCAGAAUCUGGGGGAUGGAACUCGGGCUACUUUGAGGGCAACCAGUCCUCGGCUGGCGGCUUCAGCGAUCCUUCUCAGGGAAGCACGCAGGCAACAUCGCCCUUUGGUGAUGGCGGUCCUGGGAUCAGGAAUCCCGGCCCCGCCCCUUCAGGCCACGCGCGGAAUGUCUCCUCGCGGUCUAUCGGACCCAUCGGCGGCAACGGGCGCACUGGCAGCUCCAUCGAGGAGAAGGUGCUCGUUUCGCUCAUGCCCGAAAAGGAGGGUAUUUUCAUGUUCCAGCACCACAACUAUGAGGUGUCUAGCGUCCGGCGAGCCAGCAAGGUGAUUCGGCGCUACAGCGAUUUUGUGUGGCUGCUUGAUUGUCUCCACAAGCGGUAUCCCUUCAGGGUGCUGCCCCUGCUGCCUCCGAAGCGCGUGGCCGUCAACGGAAACCAUCUCUCCAACGAUGGGGCCUUCAUAGAGAAACGCCGUCGCGGACUUGGCCGUUUCUUGAACGCGAUUGUCCGCCACCCUGUGAUUGGGCAGGAACAACUGGUUGUCAUGUUCUUGACUGUCCCCACGGAAUUGUCCGUGUGGCGGAAGCAGGCGACCAUAUCGGUGCAGGAUGAGUUUGCUGGCCGAAGUCUCCCGCAAGGGCUUGAGGAAUCACUCUCGCCGCAGCUGGAGGACCUCUUCUCUCGGACCCGUGCUGGCGUGCGGCGCUCGGCGGAGCUCUACAUAGGGGUGUGCGCCGUCAUGGAUAGACUCGUGAAGCGUACCGAGGGUGUGGCGGCGGACCACGCGCGCAUCGCAUUGUCGCUCAUGUCGCUCACCGAGAUUAGUGGAGACUGCUAUGCGACCGACACCAACGACGUUCCCCUGCUGAACGAUGGGCUGGUGGCCAUGAGCAAGCACCUCCGCACUGCCCAGAGUCUGAUGGAGGACGAGAGCCGGGCCUGGGACGCUGGCGUGCUCGAGGACCUCAAGCGGCAACGUGACGCGCUUGUGGCCCUGCGCGACAUGUUUGAUCGCCGCGAGCGGUUGGACAGGGACAACAUUCCCGCACUGGAGCGGCGGAUCCAGGCCAACGAGACGAAGUUGGCAAACCUGCGUUCCAAGCCCGAGGGCAUGGUCAAGCCGGGGGAGAUUGAGAAGGUGGUCGAAGCCAUUAUCAAGGACAAAGAAUCGAUUGUCAACCAGCACAACCGGUCCGUCUUCGUCAAGGAGUGCCUCCGCGACGAGCUAAUCUACUUCCAGAACUCCCAGUACCAUGUCACUCGGUGGAACCAGGACUGGGCGCAGGAGAGAGUAAAAUACUCUGAAAUGCUCGCCGACAACUGGCGUCGACUUCUGGACGGCUUGGAGGGGAUGCCAACCGGGGAGUGA